CAAGCUUUCGUGAGUUUUGGUUGGUUGAGUUGGUAACGGUGCCACGUUAAUAAAAUUCAAGAUGCCUCCUCAAAAUCAACCGAGUGAACCAGCUCGUAGUCGAUAUGAUAUUUCGAUCAAAUCACUUCUUACGGACAGAAAGUACCUGUGGUUUUCUGCAACCGUCUUAUUCAUUACAGAGUUGUUUAUGAAUGUCACUGUGAUCGAAAAAGUAAAGUAUACUGAGAUAGACUGGAAGGCGUACAUGCAAGAAGUAGAAGGAGUCAUCAAUGGCACUUAUGACUAUAUGGAACUCAAGGGUGAUACAGGACCUCUGGUGUACCCAGCUGGUUUUGUAUACAUCUUUAUGGCUCUGUACUAUGCUACUGAAGCAGGUACAAACAUCAAGUUAGCCCAGUAUAUCUUCAUGGCUCUCUACCUCAUGAACCUAAUCAUGGUCUUCAAGAUCUACAUGAGGACAAAAAAGAUACCACCGUAUGUGUUUUUCUUCAUGUGCUGUGCCUCCUACCGAGUUCAUUCCAUUUAUGUGCUACGUCUCUUCAAUGACCCAGUAGCCAUGUACUUCCUCUAUGUAGCCAUCUGUUUGUUCAUGGAUAGACGCUGGACCAUAGGGUGCUUUUUCUUCAGUAUAGCAGUAAGCGUCAAGAUGAAUGUCCUGCUGUUUGCUCCAGGUCUUCUCAUUCUCCUUCUCACUCAAUUUGGCUUCUGGUGGACUAUACCCAGGCUUGCUGUAUGUGCUUUAGUCCAGCUUGGUCUUGCUUGGCCCUUCUUAGUAGCCAAUCCUGAAGCUUACAUCCUGCGGUCGUUUGAGCUCAGCCGACAGUUCUUCUAUAAGUGGACGGUCAACUGGCGACUCAUUCCAGAAGAGCUGUUCUUAAAUCGCUACUUUCAGUUGAGUCUUGUCUUUCUUCACCUCCUCGUGCUGUUUCUCUUCGUUGUCCAUCGCUGGAACAGGAGAAAUGGGGGUAUCUUUGCGCUCCUGAAGGCCCCAUCCUUGCGUGAAAAGAGUGUCCUGAAUGAGAACUAUAUAGUAGGUACCCUCUUCACAUCUAACUUCGUUGGCAUGGUUUUCAGUCGUACCCUUCACUAUCAGUUCUAUGUCUGGUAUUUCCACACUCUGCCUUAUCUCCUGUGGACCACAGACUACUCAGACAUGAUAAGAUUAUUGAUUCUUGGAGUCAUAGAACUUUGUUGGAACACCUACCCUUCGACGGCGCUUAGCUCUGGCGCCCUCCAUUGUUGUCAUCUGCUUAUUCUCGUCGGCCUGUGGCGCAAUAAGGAGGAGAGGAGAAGGGCUGCAGCUCGUUCACAGAUGACACAAGACAUCAAAGAUGAAUAAGUACUAUCAUUUUGAAGUAUAUUUGGUAUAAUUUUGACAAAAUUUAUUUGGAAGAUUUCUGCUUGCCAUAUGCCUUGUCCGUCGGAGUUAAGGAACGUCCCUGUCUUGGCAUUGUGCAUUCUUUAUGUAGUAUACUGAAUAUAGUCAUACAUUAAGCAGAAGACAGUGGGAGGAGAUGUAAAAAUCACUGCACAAUGAAUUUUAUUCAUUCAUUUUCUUGGCCCUUUAAAUGAAACAAUCAUUAAAAAUCAUAAAAUCUCCAAAACAACAACUCAAAUUUAACAUGUAUAUUAUCUACAGUAAUUUAUUUGUUCAUGUUGUGACAUCCCCAAUUUCUAUGUACCGGUUAUACUUUACUUUGAGUUUUUUAACAAAUACAUCUAAUUUCACCAAGAUGCUGCGUUGCGUUUGAGACGAAAUCUCUAACUUAUGUUAUUUCUAUCUGAACGAUGACCUACAUGUAGAGAUCUAAAACUGUAGUACAUUUUCUUCAGUGCAAACACAGUCUAUGCUCAGAUGCUGCAAUUUUUCAAAUAAACUGAAGUAAUUUUGGCUUGGUAUGCAUUUCUUCUCACAAAAAUUAGAUUAAGUGUCAUUUUGAGGGUUAUUUUUUUGUAGUCAGUCCUUUUUGCUUAGGUUUUUCAGUAUCAGGGUUUUAUUUAUUUUUUGUCAUGUCAUGUUAAAGAUUUUUUUUAAAUAUUCAAAUUGAUCAGUUUUGUUACUGUUAAAUAUAAAGAUCAGUUCUGGUCAUGCAAUUGCAUCUUGAAAGAAAUGUGGAAUCGAUCAGAAAAA